AUGGUUUCCCGUACCGUUUUAUUCCUUUGUUUGGUUCUUUCUGUUACCAGUAAUCCCAUUACCGCUCCAGGCUCUACUUCAGCUGGUACUCCUCAAACUGCUGGUACUGGUGUUGCCAAACCUUCUGAUCAAAUUCAAGCCCCAGCAGGAGACAUGGGACCAUCGCAACCUACUGAUGAUCAACUCAAAAAUGUGAUUUCUUGCGUAAAAGCAAGCGGUGUUACUACUUCCAAUGUUGGUGAGGUUUUCCAUCGAUGUGUCAAAGUUGUGUUUGGCUCUAAUGCUGAUAAUGAAGCAUAA